AUGGCAGGAGAUGAUGAUACCCCUCCUCCUCCUCCUCCCUCCUACCAUCCGACUUUUUCCGUUUCUAAUAUCAAAAACCUCAUAAGUAUUACCCUAGAUCAAGAGGAUGCUCAAUAUGCUACGUGGGCAGAGUUCUUUCAAAUACAAUGUUGUGCUUUCAACGUUCAAGAUCAUAUUGAUUCCAAGAUUUCUCGACCGACGGGGACUGAUGAUGCGACAUGGAAGAGACUUGAUGCGAUUGUGAAAAACUGGAUAUACUGCACAAUUUCUAAGGACCUUGUUCAAACCAUCGUGAAGCAAGGUGCCACGGCUCUUGAAUUAUGGAACCGUCUUGAGGAAGUUUUUCAUGAUAAUAAGCACACUAGGGCUAUUUACUUAGAGGAACAAUUUUCCAACAUCAAGCUCUGA